AUGUCUCAUAUGUCGGCUUAUGCUAAGUUUUUGAAGCAAGUCCUCUCCAAUAAAAGGAAACUAGAAGAUGAGCUCAUCACCUUGCCAUACCAAGCAAGUGCUCUAGUGCAAUGUGCCAUGCCUAAGAAGCAAAGAGACCCCGGAAGCUUCACCUUACUGGUGAAGAUAGGUGACUUGGAACCUAAAGGAGUGUUGGCCGAUUUAGGAGCAUAUGUAAGUUUGAUGCCUCUAUCCAUAGCUAAGCACCUAAAUCUUCCUCUUCCUCCUACACGAAAUACUAUUCAAUUAGCGGGUCAAACUGUGAGAGUGCCACAUAGUGAGUUGGAGGAUGUACUAAUACCAGUUGGGCGCGAUUUUGUAGUAAUGGAUAUGGUAAGAUCCGGAGACUCCUCUCAUUCUUGGGAGGGAAUCUCUUAA